AUGACGAGCACCACAUCGGCAACGGCGGUCAUCGAUGCCAUGCGCGACCUCGAGCAUGCCUCCUCGUCCUCCAUCGACGAAGAAAAGCGCUCGGACAACAAGCAAGCCGGCGGCGCAGUUGUGCCGCCUUUGUACGCCAGCGACACGCCCGUUUCCGACCAAAGUUUGAUCUACGACGCCGCAAGAGAGAAGGCUUUGAUCCGGAAGGUCGAUUUGAUGAUCGUUCCUACCGUAGCAGCUCUGUACCUCCUGUGUUUUGUUGAUCGAGCGAACGUCGGUAACGCUCGAAUCGCAGGGUUUGAAAAGGACGUAGGGAUGAAUCCUCGCUCGUACGACUUCAACAUCCUCCUUACCGCCUUCUACGCCGCCUAUGCAGCCUUCGAGAUCCCUUCGACGACGCUUACCAAAAUCCUCGGUCCUGGAAAGUGGAUACCUGCCAUGGCGUUCCUCUUCGGACUGUUGAGCUUGGCGAAUGCAUUCGUGACCAACUUCGCGGGCGCCAUUGCGGUUCGAUUCAUGCUGGGUGUCUUCGAGGCAGGAAUGCUGCCUUCGAUCGCCUUCUACCUCAGUCGAUGGUAUAAAAAAGACGAGCUGGUGUUCCGUCUAGGACUGUACCUCGUCACAGCCCCCUCUGCCGGUGCUUUCGGGGGUCUGUUGGCCUCGGGUAUCCUCAAGAUCCCUCACAUGGGCUCGAUUAAAUCGUGGAGAAUGAUCUUCUUAAUCGAAGGACUGAUCACCAUCGUGGUCGCCAUCAUCGGAUACUUUACUCUCACCGACUCGAUCAGCUCGGCUCGCUGGCUCAACGAGGAUGAGAAGAAGUUCCUGCAGGCGCGUCUCAAGUCCGAAAUGGUGGGUCAAAAGGAACUCGUCGACAAGACGCACAAAAAGUUGCUCUGGAAAGGUAUCACUUCGACCACUUCGCUUUGCUGCGCGGCCAUGUUCUUGCUCGACAACAUUGCGGUGCAAGGAACUGCUGUCUUUCUUCCCACAGUAGUUCGCGGAAUCUUCCCAGCUCCAAGGUACUCUGUGAUCGAUCAGCAGCUGUUGACGGUGCCGCCCAAUGUGAUGGGAGCGAUCGCGACGCUCGCUUUCGCCUACUGUUCCGCAAAAUUCCGAAUUCGCUCCGUCUUUACGAUCGCCGGAUCUCUCGUCAUGGUCAUCGGAUACGCCAUGUUCGUAGGCUCUUCCAACCUUUACGUUCGAUACGCCGCUUCGUUCUUUGCCACUUCGGGAGCGUUCACCCAAGGAGCGCUCCUCCCCGCCUACGCAGCUGUCAACGCCAACAACGACAGCGAACGUGCCGGUGCAAUCGCCAUCACCGUGUUCUUCGGAAACAUCGGUGGUCUGAUCUCUUGCUGGACCUACUUGAACAAGUAUGCUCCCAACUUCUUGCCCGGUAACGGAUUGAAUUUGGCAGGAGGUAUCGCCAUGGCAUUGAUUGGAGUCGGGCUGGUAUCGUGGCAGAGAUGGGAGAAUAAACAGAGGGACGCGGGUAAGCGAGAUUGGAGGCUCGAAGGUCUGACAGAAGAUGAAAUCUACCUGCUGGGAUCCGACCACCCGCAUUUCCGCCUCAGGUACUGA